AUGGAGGGCACAUCAACAUGGAUUCUAAACUAUGAAUCUAAGACUCACAUCGUCGAUCACAAAAAUUCAGGAUCCUUCUCAAUAAGUAUCCAAGGAAUUGAGCGGAUUCUUAUCCGGAGUCCUAGCGGUCGUGAAACUUUGGCUCAACAAAAAUCGCUAGGAAAGAAGAAUGCAACAGUAAGAAUCGCAUCCGAGAUCCCACCUGUUUUCCUCACCGGAGAAGAAAUAUGCAGUAUAUUUGUGGCUAACGUGUUGUCCAAGUCAAAGAUCAACAAGUGGAUUCAGCAAAGUAUUGUUCCUAAAAUCUGCGAAGACCUGAUUGAUAUAAGACGCCACCUUGAAGAAGAAGAAAAAGAUGGUUUCUUGGUUGAAGUUGAAGUUGUUCUAGAAACGUUGUAUAGUGAUUGGUUAAGAGUCAAUGAUUAUGACUCUCAAGGUUGUCUAAUACCAAUAGAAGAAGAGUGCAUAAUAUGUCUAGAAGAGUUAGCAUCAUCAGGUAGUGAGAGGAGGAUCAUGAAGUUGCUUUGUUCUCACAGUUUUCAUAAAGAUUGUAUUCUCCCCUGGCUACGCUGCAAGCGAUCAUGUCCUACUUGUCGUGACGACAUCCACAAUCGUCGAGCAGAAGAAGACCACCAUGAAUGA